AUGUUAAUGCGAAGAAAUUAUCCUAGUGCACGUACUAAACCAUUAGUACUAACUUUAGUACUCAUUGUUGGUAAUGCAACGAGUACUAAUAAAAAAUCGUUAGUAUAUGUACAAAAGUUUUUAAAAUAUUUGAGAGCUGCUGUAGCAUUAAAAAGUUCCAGUAGACAUGACAAGAUAAACACCGGAGGUGCGGGAAAGUCAUCAGUUCUUCAAGCUCUCUUUCGACUUGUCGAGCAGUCAUCAGUCAAUGGAACCAUUCUCAUCGAUGACAUCGAUAUUGGGCGUCUGUCUCUUGAUUAUCUUCGUUCCCAUAUAAGUGUUAUCCCACAAGUACCGAUACUCUUUUGUGGUACCCUUCGAUACAAUAUUGAUCCGUUCGUACAAGUUACCGAUGAAGAGUGUCUUACAGCGCUUGAAGCUGCUCAACUCAAAUCAUUGGUGCGCAACCAUCCCGGUGGAAUGCAUUUGCUGGUAGCUGAAUCUGGCACAAAUUUGAGUGCUGGAGAACGACAAUUGGUUUGUGUCGCUCGAGCCAUUCUGAAGAGAAGCCACAUAUUGCUGAUUGAUGAGGCUACUGCAAAUGUUGACUAUGCGAC